ACUUCAUUUUGCAUCUGAAAUAAAGUUAGGUUAUGCAUGGAUGAGCUUAUGGCUUUGAGUAAUAAUCUUUUGAAACUCUCAACUGCCACGGCGUCUACGGUGUGGAGAGGAUUCGCUACGAUGGCAACAAACUGUAAAACACCGCGUUUAAUAAGGAAAAUAGGAACACACAACGGUGUUUUUCACUGCGAUGAAGCGCUGGCGUGCUACAUGUUGAAACAGCUACCUGAUUACAGGGAUGCUCAGAUAAUACGAACCAGAGAUCCAAGCAUUUUAGAACAAUGUGAUGUAGUAGUGGACGUUGGGGGAGAAUAUAACCCGAAGACACACCGUUACGAUCACCACCAAAGAGGUUUCGAACACAGCUUAAGCACCGUCCGACCUGACUUGACCAAAAAUAAACACAUCAAGUUAAGUUCGGCUGGUCUAGUGUAUGCACAUUUCGGUUUGGAGGUGUUAUCGUCUAUAUUGAAUGACGAAACUCGUGCUACCACAAGUGAAUGCUUACGUUGCGUGUACCUGUUUAUUUACGAGGGUUUUGUAGAGGAACUGGAUGCCAUCGACAACGGAAUCCCCAUGUAUAGCGAAGGUAAACCCAGGUACAAAAUAAGUACGCAUUUGAGUGCAAGAGUUCACAGAUUGAACCCGGAGUGGAACGCUGAAAAUCCCGAAUCUACCGACGAGUUAUUCUACAAGGCGAUGGAUUUAGUCGGCAGUGAAUUUAAGGAGAGGGUUUUAGAAGUGAGUGCAGCUGCGAACAUUUGGUGGCCCGCUAGGGAAAUCGUGAGAAAAGCCAUAGAAACGAGGACGCAGGUGCAUAAGUCCGGGGAAAUAAUACUGCUCACGGAGAGGUGUCCGUGGAAGGAUCACCUGCAGUCGUUGGAGGAGGAGAUGGGGAUCUCGGGGGAAAUAAAAUUCUGCAUAUUUCACGACAAGGGCGAUUCAUGGAGGGUGCAGGGCAUCCCCAUUCAACCCGAUAGCUUCAUAUGCAGAGUGUUUCUGCACAAGGACUGGCGAGGCGUUAGGGACGAACAGCUCAGCAGCAUCGCAGGCAUUGAAGGCUGCAUAUUCUGCCACUCUACGGGUUUCAUCGGUGGUAGUAAAACGAAAGCAGGUGCUCUCGAGAUGGCCCUGAAGAGCUUGAAGGCUGCGUUGGUUGACAGGGAAUAAAUAUGUUUGUGAUUCCUUGAGUAAUUUGGACAAUUUCAUAACCUUCGAAUCUGAAUAUAGAUAAUUUUUUUGGAAUUGCCCUAGAAAGAACAUAAUUGCUUUGUCACGUCUUAAUUUUAUUAAACGAUAAGAACAA